AUGUCUGCUCCUUCGACCAGUACGCUACCGAGUGUGGCGACAACACCCGUUACCAAGCGCAAGCGCGAGGCACCCCUUUCACCGCCCUUGUCCAUCCUGGGCCUCUCACCAUCUCCCCUGUCCCCGGGAGACGACGAGCGCGACGACGACGAUGACGACCACGAGGAUGACUCGGUAACAUCGACGAAGCGCAGAGGCACAAAGGGUGCCAUGACGCCCGAGCGCGCGGCCCGACUCGAAGCGCGGGCUCAUCGCAACCGAUUGUCGGCACAGAACAGCCGAAAUCGCAAGAAGAUGCAUGUGGCCACGCUCGAAAAGGAAGUCGUCGAGCUCAAAGAGGAGAGGGACAGCCUCAAGAGCAGAGUCAAGGUGCUCGAGGACCUUGUCCACAGCCUCCUCGCCAACGCAAACAAGACGGUUGAUCCCACAGUUACUUCGGGCUUGCCUGCUGGCCAGGCUGCCUCUUCCUCGACACGACCGGCAGAAUCCAACCGACUCCCCGCCAUCGGUACUCAACUUUCCCUUACUCCUUCCACAUCUUCAACUCCCGGCGACAUCGCACGCACUGAGCGUACCGACCCGAUUGCAGCGCCGAUGCACUAUCUUUCGACCCCCGCGCUCGAAGCGCCCACCUCCUCGAGUACUCCAACGACCAUUGUUCCGACACCCAGCGACUUGGCUCGCCUCCCCGCAGCGGAGGCGUCGUUCCACGAGAACGCCCAGCAGCGGGCCUUGUCGCGUCGGGAUCUGUCGAUUGGCAUCAACGGCAGCAGCAUUGGGACGACACUUUGUGUUGGCGACGAACCGAGACGAGAGGACGACGAUGGAGCGAGACGAGAAGAGAGUGCCGAAAGCUGGAAGAGAGGCAAGGACGACGCAGGAGAUGUUUGCGAAGAGAACAGCAAGCUGGCAGGCUGGCUCGAAGAGCUCCUCGGUGGCGAGCAGGCCUUUGUCAACGAGAAGAUCGAGCAGGCGGAGGAUAACGCUGCGCAUCAGGGUCAGGAGACGAUCGAGGGACAUCAUGAGACGCAAGCUGCCCUGAUUGAAGAGCAGCCGGACGAUUUGAGUGCCUGGAGCGAGAGCUGGGAUCAGACGACCAACAACAGUAACACCGUCAGUGACUUUAUCGACUUUGAAUUUGAUUUCGAAGUCGAUGGAUCCCCGACAUUGCUCCAGAGGCCUACCCAAGAUCCAAUUGGGAUGGCGAUGGACGUCGAGCCCCUUCAUGUAUGA